CAGAUUUCGUGACGGCUUCCUCGCUUUACGACGACAGCAACUAUGGCGGCUGCCUCCGGUAGAUUUGAAAGUGCGAAGGGCAUCGAAGAGCGUAAGGAACACACCCGGAUUGCUAGGGCCGAGCUGUUGCGCCAGGCUAAAGCCAAUUUUGAAAAAGAAGAAAGGCGUAAAGAACUUAAGCGACUUCGGGGUGAGGAUACAUGGAUGCUACCUGAUGUGAAUGAGCGAAUUGAACAGUUCUCACAGGAACACUCUGUGAAGAAAAAGAAGAAAAAAGAUAAGCAUUCAAAAAAAGUAAAGAAAGAGAAGAAAAAAAAGAGCAAGAAGCAAAAGUAUGAAAAAAACAAUGAGUCAACUGAUAGUUCAUCAAGCUCUGAAGAUGAGUGGGUUGAGGCUGUUCCAUUCCAAACUCCUGGCAAAGAAAAGGCCUGGAAAGUGAAAGAUGAAAAGGCAGAAAAACAAGAAGACAACCAAGUUAUUCAGCAGAGGGAUGAGUGGAUGACUGUUGAUUUUAUGUCUGUUAAAACUGUGUCAUCAUCGUCAUUCAAAGCUGAAAAGGAAACUGUAAGGAAAAUAGAGCAAGAGAAAACCCAAGCACUUGAACAGGCCAGACUGCUAGAAAGAGAACUGAAUCCAUACUGGAAGGAUGGUGGGACAGGUCUUCCACCAGAAGACUGUAAUGUGUCGUCAGUUACUAAAGUUUCAGUAGUAGAAGAUGGUGGUUUAAGCUGGCUAAGGAAGUCUUAUCAAAGAAUGAAGGAACAAGCUGAGAAACAAAAUAGAAAUUUUGAAGACAUUGUAGCUGAAAGAUAUGGGUCAAUGGAAAUAUUUCAGUCAAAAUUAGAAGAAGCUGAAAAAACUGCAUCCAAAAAAGAAGACUGUACACGAGAACGGUGGAGGAAACCAGUAUAUUCAGAUAAAGCACAAAGUAGUCAAGAAGGUAGAAGAUCAGACUUGGUAAAAUAUAAUAAAACUUCAGGAGACAGAUAUAGCACAACAGAUACUGCAGACAAUAUCAGUAAAGAUAAGUUUAGCGGUGAUGAAAAAGAUAAUAGAUCUGGGUCUUUAGAAACAUGUAGAAGACAGUCUAAUCCAAGGCAAAAUCAAGAGUUUUCUUCUGGAAAUUUGAGACGUAAAUUCUUAAAACCCUCUGAUGAUGAAGAACUAUCAUUUCAUAGCAAGGGCAGAAAUUUUGAACCAUCUAGUUCAUCUUCAGCACUGAUCUCUCAGGAUUCUGUGCGUUGUGGUUUUCGAAAACCCACAGAGAACAGUGGAGAAAGUGUAUCAUCAUGGCAUCGAUCUGAUGGGAGAGAAGGAGACAGGAAACAUUCAUGUCGAAAGCCACUGGAAGCCAGUUGCAGUGCUGAUGAUCGCCGCAUCUCAGAAGACACCAGAGAAAACUCACAGGAUGAAAGCUGGAGAGAUGACUCGCUGAAAAAAGAACAUCUACAGGACACGUCUUCAUUUUCGGGUCUGACCUGUUCAAACAGAAGUAGUCCAGAGGAUGAGGCUAUCCACAUCCUGAGUGUUGAUGAGAAGAACAAGUUGGGAGCUAAGAUUAUCAAGGCAGAAAUGAUGGGAAAUAUGGAAUUAGCUGAACAACUUAAAGCCCAACUUGAAAAGGCAAAUAAAUUUACAGAAACUAAAACACAGAUAUCAUCGAAAAAAUCUGGGGUAGAGAAUGAAGACCAGCAAGAAGUGAUCCUUGUCAGAACAGAUCAGUCUGGAAGAGUAUGGCCUGUGAACACACCAGGAAAGCCUCUGGAACCUAAAGGAGGAAGAAGGAAGAGACAGAUGGCUUUAACCCAUGAGGAAAAAGAAAGGGUCAGAUACUUUCAUGAUGAUGAUAAUCUAAGCCUAAAUGAUUUAGUCAAGAACGAAAAGAUGGGAACAGCAGAAAAUCAAAACAAACUUUUUAUGAGAAUGGCAUCUAAGUUUAUGGGAAAAACAGAUGGAGACUAUUAUACUCUGGAUGACAUGUUUGUCUCCAAAGCAGCUGAGAGAGAACGUUUUGGUGAAGAGGAAGAGAAUCAGAGGAAAAAAGCUAUUGCUGAGCACCAGAGUCUUGCUGCACAAAUGGAAAAGUGUCUGUAUUGUUUUGACAGCUCUCAAUUUCCCAAGCACCUUAUUGUUGCAAUAGGUGUUAAGGUUUAUUUAUGUUUACCCAACUUUCGGUCUCUUACUGAGGGGCACUGCCUGAUAGUCCCUUUGCAGCACCAUAGAGCAGCUACCUUAUUGGACGAAGACAUCUGGGAGGAAAUUCAGAUGUUCAGAAAAUCAUUGGUAAAGAUGUUUGAAGAUAAAGGUUUGGACUGCAUCUUUUUAGAAACUAAUAUGAGCAUGAAGAAACAGUAUCAUAUGGUUUAUGAAUGCAUUCCUCUCCCGAAGGAAGUGGGUGAUAUGGCUCCUAUCUAUUUUAAGAAAGCCAUAAUGGAAUCUGAUGAAGAGUGGUCUAUGAACAAGAAAUUGAUUGAUCUUUCUUCAAAAGAUAUCAGAAAGUCUGUACCCAGAGGCUUACCUUACUUCUCUGUGGAUUUUGGCCUCCAAGGAGGAUUUGCCCAUGUCAUUGAAGAUCAACACAAAUUUCCUCAUUACUUUGGAAAGGAAAUCAUUGGUGGGAUGCUGGAUAUAGAACCAAGACUUUGGAGGAAAGGGAUCCGAGAGAGCUUUGAGGAUCAGAGGAAGAAAGCCCUUCAGUUUGCUCAGUGGUGGAAACCAUUUGACUUCACCAAAAGUAAAAAAUGUUGAGUCAUACCUUUCAUUUUUUAUUUCUUCUUCCGUUUCCUUUCAGUUUUAUUUCCAUGGCAUCUAACUAAACAACUGACCUUCAGGUCAUAGGGAAAGAGAUUCAUGCUCUGGUUCUCUGACAGCUGUACAUCGUUGGAUUGUGUCGUUUCCUUCCCCACCUGCUCCUGUGGACUUCAUUGUACCAACUGGGGAGUAAGACUAGAUAUAUUGGGUGACCUGCUCACAUUCCUAUUCUGUACCUACGUCUUGGUGUUCUGAACUGUUCAGUUAAUAUGCAGAAGAACUUUUCUGAAGGAUUAUCUAGGAAGUAUAGCAAAUCAUUGGUUCAGAGGAAACUGAGUCCACUUCAAGGUUGUUAAGUCUAUCGACUGACUUCUUUUGCAUUUUCUAAACUAAGUUGGCAUAUUCAGUAAUUGAAAUUUCUUUUCAUAGCAUUUUAUAGAAGCUCUUAAUUUUCUACCAGUAGCAUAUAUAUUACUGCUAUUCUUUUUAUUAAAGGAAAAAGAAUGUCCCCAAAGUAAUAAAGAAUUAAAUGAAGUA